AUGAAAGAUGUUUUCGACUUCCUUUCCCUCCCCGUGAUGCUGAUAGCAGUAGUCAUAUGCCUUCUCAUCUUCCACCCUCUCUACAACCUCUACCUUCACCCUCUUCGCCACUACCCCGGCCCUCGACUCUACGCCGCCUUCCACCUCCCUUACGCCAUUACCUACCUCCGCGGCCGCUCUAACACCGUCAUGCAUAAUCUCCACGAGCGCUACGGUCCUGUCCUCCGCGUAGCGCCCAACAUUCUGUCAUACACCGACCCAGACGCAUAUCGUGACAUCCGUGGACAUCGCAAGCAAGGGAAUGGGCAAAAUCCAACGGACGUCGAGGGCUUCUUCUUCAUGCAGCGACAGACCUUGCUUGGCAUGGAUCGCGAUGGGCACACGCGCGUACGGAAAGUGUUAGCACACGGAUUUGGUGCAAAGAGCCUGCAAGAACAAGAGCCAGUAAUCAGAAAACACGUCGACCUAUUCAUCCGCAGGCUCAAGGACAUGACAUGCCAAGGCAGACCUGGAGGUACUUUAGACAUCGUGGCCUGGUUCAACUGCGUCAUUUUCGACCUCAUAGGCGACCUCUCCUUCGGCGAACCGCUCGGCUGUCUGGAAAACUCGAGGCUGCAUCCGUGGGUACAAGCAGUCUUCGACACAACAACCAUGUACGGCAAGCGGAUGAUGGUCAAGUGGUACAGUCCGUCCCCGUCAUUAACCGCGUGGAUCGGUUGGGCAGUCGGCCUCUCAGCGCCCCAUUCGAAACAGCAGGACUUUGCUGCCAAGCAGGUGGAAAAGAGGCUGGCGAUAGAGGACUCGGCUACACGGCUGGACUUUGUUGGUGCCAUGCAUCGCGCGGAGGGAGAAGGCGGACUCAAGAAGGUGUCGAAGGAGGAGAUUGUGUAUAAUAUGCGGUUAAUCAUGCUGGCGGGGUCGGAGAGCACGGCGACGGCGUUGUCGGCUACGGCUUUCUUGUUGGCGGCACACCCGGAUGUGCAGAGGAAGCUGACGAAGGAGGUGAGGAGCACGUUUAAGAGGGAGGAGGACAUUGAUUUGUGGAGCGCCCGGAGACCGAAAUACUUGGGGGCGGUGUUGAAUGAGGCUAUGAGGGUGUUGCCGCCGGCGAGCUUGAGUAUGCCGAGGGUUUGUCAGGAUGGGGGGGAUACGAUUUGCGGGAGGUGGGUACCUGCUGGGGUUACGCUGGAAAUUUGGCCUGUGGCGAUGACCCACAGCUCAAGGAACUUUGCAAAACCGGAUGAGUUUGUUCCGGAACGGUGGAUGGAUGAUGAAGAACGGGAUCCGGUCUUUGAGAAGGAUAAGGCAGAUGCGCUGAAGCCGUUCUCCUAUGGUCCGAGGGAUUGUAUUGGGAAAAGUCUUGCGAAUGUUGAGAUGAGACUCAUUCUCGCUCGAAUGCUUUGGAAUUUCGACAUAAGCUUGGCUGAUGAAAAGGGCAAGAACUGGGCCAAGGAUAUGUUGGGCUGGAAUUUGUGGCUGAAGGAUCCUUUGAAUGUUGUGCUUACUACUCCCGUUCGCCGUGGCAAAGAGUAA